AUGCAGGUGGCAAACCCUGCCCCACAUCUAUAUGACCCUUCAGAUCCCGUCUCCGCUAAUUGCUCACCAAUAUCCCUGAUUCCCGACGAGAUACUCUCACAUAUCUUUGUCGUGGGUCAAAUACCCGUGCAUCCAACUUUGCCCUUCGAUACGGCCGCAGUAGUAUCGCCGCAAUUUGAGGUGCUGGUUUCACAUGUCGAUCAACACUGGAGACACGUUGCCCUCAGCACCCGUAGUCUAUGGAGACGCAUCGACAUCAUCCCGAGAAAAACGAUUACAGAACUACAAACAUAUCAUGACCGAUCGAAAACAUGUCCUACCGACAUACGACUCGAUCACUGGUCGUGGAAAGACUUGGUGCCCCAGGUCUUAAUCGACCUUGUGAUGCACAACGACAGAGGUUGGCGGCAGGCAGUGAUCAAUAUCUCUACCGCCAAACACUAUCACCCCUUCCUGAAGCACUUGGAGAAUUUCCCAAUACCCAAUGGGCCAAUCGAACACCUCUCGCUGUGUGUAGAUCAGGCUGAGUCCUGUCGCUCCCACCCGAAGAUGCAACCGGAUUUCAUCCAGAUAAUGAAAUCGGGGGCGCCUCAACUGAAGUUCGUUCGUCUACGAGGAAUGGCACCUUAUUACUUUCGCCCCCCCUUGACCGCUGUCACGACGCUCCAUCUCGAACUCACGAAAGCGAUCACAAUGGCCUAUCCAUUGAUGAAGUCUAUUUUGACUGCUUCCCCGUCACUCACCAAUCUAUCCCUGUACGGCGAACCCAUCCAUUUCAUGACUUGGCCGACUCAAUCCCCACAAACCUCGCAAGGCAUGAAUUUGCCGCAGCUGAGGUCAUUACGACUAUGGGGUACGGAAGGCUGGAUAUUCAACGUUGUUCUCAGUCAUAUUUCCGCCCCGCGCGUGCAUUCUUUGUACUUGAAGGAAGCUCGCGAAGCCGAUUUGGCUGCAUUCUGGCCUUCGAGUCACCAGAGCUUUCCCAUACUUCGCAAACUUGUGUUCCACGAAUGCGACUUCACUGAAGCAAGCUAUCACACCGUAUGCGAAGCCUUUCCUGAUAUCACGGAUUUUACUGUGUACAGUACUUCCUUCAACACGCCCAUCAUCGUGGAACUCCUGGGAAACCCACAAUCUACCCCCAUCUGGCCAAACUUGAAGACAUUGCACCUCAUCCUCAAUGCAUCGGACGAACAGGAAUUGUUGUACGAUAUGGUCGUCGCUCGGGCGGAUAUGAAUCUUCCCCUCUCAAAAUUGCGCAUCGGCACCAGGUUGCCCUCGGGUGUUCUUGAAACGUUGGAAAGGCAGAAGUACGUGGAAGUAGAGACGUUCGCUGUGCUCGACCAAUGGCCAGAAGGAUUGGUACACCUAGAUGAUGACGAUGUCAUCUUCUAG